AUGGCAUUAGAGAUCAAGAGGCUGAGAGUCUAUGGAGAUUCGUUAGUUGUAAUUUGUCAAAAUCAAGGGAAGUGGAAGACAAAGGAUGAAAAGUUGAAGCCUUACCAAGAACAUUUGGAGAACUUGAUUAAGACCUUCAAUGAAAUCACCUUUGAAUAUUUGCCGAGGGACAAUAACAGAUGUGCCAACGCCCUAGCUACUUUAGCUUCAAUGGUUGAAUGCACUCCAGAUGCUCAAGUUCACCCAUUUUUGGUAGAAAGAAGGAAUGGGCCAGAAUAUGAAGAGUCAGUAAAAGCUCUGACAACUAAUGGGAGGUCGUGGUCUGCACCCAUCACUGACUUCAUCAGAGAAAGAAAAUAUCCUUUGAAUUCCACAGCUAAUGAACAGAAGAGGUUGCGGAAGCAUGCCACAUAG